ACCUCGUCCUCGUUAUUUCAAGUGAGCGCUGAGGGAGAGAGGAGAGCAAGCUAGGUGUCUCGAGCGGAUUCACUGAAACAAGGCGCGCGGAGGGUUUAGCUAUUAGACCGUGCCUAUUUGUGUAUAUUUUGUCAAGUUUACACACACAUAUACACACACAGAGAGAAACAGAAAAAAAGAAGUGCCUGGAGAGAGCGGCGGGGGGAGGAAUAACCAAAACGCAACACGUAUCCGGUGGGAUCCCACUCCUGAGAGAGAGAGUAGCGGCAGGAGUUGGAGCGAGGGGUGCAAGGAAAGCAAGAGGGAGACAGAAGAAGAAGAAGAAGAGGGGAAAGAUUUGACGUUUCGCUCGUAACAACGUUUUCAAUUAAUAAAGAGGAAUAAUGAGGAACGUUUGGAUAAUUUUGACCCUCGGCCUGACCGUCGUCCUCUCCGGGGAAAGGAUAGCAGAAGCAGCCAAGACAUCCUCUCAGCCUGAUGACUUGUACCUGGAUGACACAGGCUCAGGAGGUUAUUACCCUGAAGAUGAUGAUGACUUUAACUCAGGGUCUGGCUCAGGUGCAGGUGAAGAAGUGGUGGAGGAAACGGCGACUGUCAGUACAGUUUAUUUUGAGCCCAAUGCAGCACAACCCACCCAGGACUCCACUAAAGAUUUCACCCCCAGGGUGGACACAGCCACGGUCAGAGAAAAGGCCAGAGAGAGCACACCCAGGAAACCAUUCAGAACAGAGGCACCAGUGCCAGUUACAGAGGACGUGCAGAGGAACCAGAUGACCAGUACGACUAGUGCCCCCGGCUCACCCCAGGAGGCCAUCGAGGUCCGCACUGAAAACCUCUUCCAGAGGACAGAGGUGUUGGCAGCUGUUAUUGCAGGCGGCGUGAUCGGUUUCCUGUUUGCAAUCUUCCUCAUCCUCCUGCUGGUCUACCGCAUGAGGAAGAAGGAUGAGGGCAGCUACGACCUGGGAGAGAGGAAACCCUCCGGCGCAGCCUAUCAGAAGGCCCCAACCAAGGAGUUUUAUGCAUAAAAUCUCACCCUCCCCUCCGCCAGAUUGACAAAAUCUCGAGUGACUGUCAAAAAAGAAAAAAAAAAAAAAGAAAAAAAGAAAAAACGCAGUCCAACAGCAAAUCUGUUCGAACACAAGAAGAAACAACAACAAAAUGUUCUCAAGUUGAUUAAGGAAAAAUAGCAUAAAGGAAAGGUUUUGCAUAGAGUAUUGUAAUUAAGACCUUUUCUUUCUUCUUUUUUAAAAAAAAUGAAAACCAAGCAUUUCUCAUUUUAUGGCAAAUCUCAGUGUAUUUAAACAUGUUGUGUAUUAUUUGAAAAGGCUGAAAAAAUAAAAACAGGAUCUGUAAAGGUGAGGAAACUGAUCGCAUCUGUCUUCUAUCAAAGGAGCUGUUUUUAGUCGCUGACUACUUUUAACUGUAGCAGUAUGUUACUUGUAAAGAAAAAAAAUUUAAAAGUGGAAAUAAUUGAAUAUAAUUAUUCUGUAUCAAUCCUACGUUCAUUUUUUUUCUUUUUAUUUUGUCCUAGCAUGUCUGAUGUUGAUCUCUUAAGGUGUAUUACAUUAAUUUAUCUUUUCUCUGAUGUUAAAAAAAAUGCCUUUGUAGUUUUGAUGAAGCUCUUUGGUCUUCAUAUUAACGCUGUUAACGGUCAAUGUAAAUGUUCUCCCUUCAGGUUAUAAUGUUUAUUAUUUGCUCUCACAUCCGUUUUUUUAGUCAAACGUGGGCGUUUCAUUAUGUCUUGUUGAUUUGUUUGUUCUCUUCUCGGUGUAGCCUUUUUUUUUUCUUUUCAACAGCGUUAUAUUUUCAUACCAGGAAAUUGGUCUUUAAAAAAUAAGUGUGUCAGGGCUCGAGACAAGUCACAAAAUCUUGCUUCUGUUUUUCGUCUCGCUGAACUUCUUUUCUAUUUAAAUGCAUUCUCUCUCACAUUGCACAUUCACUGCUUUUGCUUCCCACUGCUAUCCUGCAGCUUUGCGUGUGUAGUGUUUUGGGGUGAAGUUUCUUUCGCCGUGGCUUGUGGUGUUUUUGGCCUAUAGCCACCUACCUCCCCCUCGAUUUUACUGACUGCACCCAAACUCUGCUAACAUCUCUUUCCCCCCCUUCUCUUUCUCUCUUGUUUGCCCUAACCUCCCUCACUCCCACCUUCUUUUUAAUCAGACUGGAACACGGCCAGUUGGGCUGUCAAUACCCCCCCACCACCACUCUCUCUUUUUCCCACUCAGCUGUAUGGAGCCACCCGGGCAGCCUGGUGUUAUUGUCCGUGUCCCAGUGUUGAUGCUUUAGGCCCAAAGAUCUGCUCAGUGAAGGCCUGCUACUGCUUGGACACAAACAAACCAGGCCGGGGCUAAGUCCCCCAUCCAUGCAGAGCACAAAACUCUGCAGCAAACAACACCGGAGCCCCCCUUUCUAGAAACCUAGUUUCUCAGAGUGAGUGAUAAAUAAGUCUGCACGGAAAAUCUAAGACUCGAGUGUUACGUUUGAAAAGUUUUGAGACUUGGCUUGUUGAGGGCUAUUCAUGAUUUUCAGAGGUCAUUUCAAAAUAGCUUCGGUUGAAAGAUGAGGUUGUUUACCAGGUUUACAUCCUCCACAAGGUGUUUGUCUUGGUGCCAUUUUGCAUCCCCAAAUGAGUUUAACUAAACAAAAGGGCCACAAAAUGGCUGUUGCAAAAUAGCUACAUUAAUUGAAAACAAACAUUACAGUCAAAUGACAACAGGUUACUGUUCUCUCCUUAUUUUAAAUGUCGACAUUAACUUGCUCUCAAAAGACGUGUGUUUUGUCCGGCAGGUUUGUGAAGUUGCCUUUUUUCAGCAUGUACAGUAAUGUGAAGUAGAUACAGUAGAUGCUGUCACAUCGUCUAAACUCCUAACACCACCCACAUGCAGCUGUUCAUCCCUCUACCUCUCCAUCCCUGUUCCUUUCUCUGUGAUCCACUUUCAUCCUCUCCCCCCACCCAUCUCUGUCGUCCUUCCUCGUCAUAGGACCUAAGGUACUGAACUAUACUGAAAAACCCAAAGACUCACAGUAUUUCUACUCCCACCAUCUUCUCAUCCCCACUCCCCUCCACCAUGGCCACAUCAUGUUGUUUCCUGUCUCUUUUUCGUCACUCGUUUUUUCUCUCUCUCUCUCUCUAUUAGAGACCUGACCUUUGAGUCCAAUUGCUUAUUAGUAUAUGAAAAGAUAUAUAAAUAUAUAUAAAUGUAUAUUCACAAAUGUUUUAAACCUUCAAAGUGCCUACCAUUUGGAAAUGUACUUGCUCAAGGUGAGCAUGUGGCGGGUGUGUACACACAGGAGGGGUGUAAACGACUUGACUGGCAUUCUGUGAGCAUGGAUGACUGUAAUGGUAACUUUUUUUUAGUCUUACAAAAGCUGACAGUAUUGUACCUAUAAGUUGAAACAACACUACUGAAUAAACAUUGUGGCCUAAUA